AUGGGCAUCAACCUCCCGAACCAUGGUGGCCCACCGAUGGCGGAACCGGAGCACUACGGAAUCAUUCUCCGACUAGCAACUCCUGCAAGUUUCGAGCUCAAGGGAUGCAGGAAGUGGCAGUUCUUGGUUCUCGAACUCAUGGCUGAUGGCUUGUUGUGGACUCUCUCCGUAGAGUUUCCCUCCUAUGAUUUCAAGACACUGCGACGCAUGGACUUCGAUGUCUUCCAGCCCGUGCAGCUUGCUGGGUUCUUGGCUGCCCAUCACGACAUUCCGUAUGCUGUCGGAAAUUUUGACUGCCGCUUCUUUGCAAGUGCUUUGGGAGACGAGAUUGCUGCGCACGCCAAGCGGUGGCUUGAAGUUGUAGAAGUCCGUGUGGUCGGUAGGCCAGGGGCAUCGGUCGACAAGCUGUUUCCUCGCAAGGCUGGUGUGGCAAUUAUGAAGUAUGAACAUCGCAGCCAGACGGUAGAGAGCUUGAUGCUGUCACAAUGGUUCUCCGCUUCCCCUCAUUUUCUCAACGCCUCUGCGCCCUUUACUUCCAUUGAGCUGGCCAAAGUGGUUUUGGCUGGACCUCCAGGAGAAGUUGAGCCCUUUCUUCAGCAUCUCUCGCAGGAACAGCCGAAGCCGGAGUUGAUGAUUGGCAGCCCACGCUCCCUUGGGAACCACCUCUUGGCUGGCGUCACAGCCUACGACGAGGAUCUUCCGGAGUUCAGUCCUCCCCUUCUGGCCAGACACUUCUUCAUUCUCUUACCAUGCUUGAUCCUCCUUGCAUUAGCAUUGGGCUACUUCCUUGGCCAUACCCUUUGGAGGCUUGGAUGCCGAUGCUGGAAAGAGGUGCGAUCAUUAUCUGCGGCUACGCAAGUUGCCAUCGGACUAGCCUUUGUAGUAGGCCUGGGGCCAUGGCUGGUUCUUCCUUACGGCCUUUGGCGUAUGUCAUGCUCGGGAAACCCAAGCGAAAAGCAAUCUGAGUACACCACGGCCGGCACUGGUGAUGAUCUUGAUGAUGAGACGACAAGAGCCGACACUGCCGAAGUAGAGUCGGAUCCUGAGGACAAAGGUUCAGGAUUGCAGAGAGUGUCCGGGCGAAGAAUUGUCCACAGCCUCUAG